UCGAGGACUUUUAUUUUAAAAAACAUUCGGGACCGGAAGCGACUUACUGAAGCUAGAUUCCCAUUGAUACCAAUGGUCGAUUUGCCGGGAUACGAAGCGGAUGGAGAGUGCGGGCGUCGUGUUUACGGAAGAACGUGAGAGGUCGUGAAAUGAGUUCUCAGCACUAUCCACGUCCAGGGCUCCCAUCUGGCCUGGGACAAGGACAAACACCAGGCAGUAACACUACAGGACUUCCAGGAAGUCAAAAGAACACAGGAGGACAUGAAGAUUCUAAUCAUGCUCCACGUGAGCUGAUGUCCAGCGGAGCCACAGCGUUCAGAGAUGACAAGCUGGAGACCGUAGUGGUGCGACCCUACCCCCAACCCCAGACUCAGCCCCCGCCCCAUGGAACAGCUCCGACUCUGCCCCCUCCUCUCCCUCAGCACCUCCCCAUCCAGCCAGGGACACCCGUCUCUGUGUCAGCAGCACCAUCCCACCUCCCUCAGGGUCUUUCCCUAGCCUUCACUGAGGGUCCUCUGAAGUCUACCCUAAAGACAACCAUGCCAAGCCGUGUGAUAGCUCCAGCACCUGUGUCAACACCGGGCCACCUCACCCUCCCCCCUAAGGUGCCUGGUCAUAUCACUGCUACCAUGGAGUCUACACAGGCUUCUGGUAUUCCUGUGGCAACCAUCAGUGGUCAGCAGGGUCACACUGGUAACCUGCAUCAUCUAAUGACGAACGUGCAGAUCAUCCGUAGUGGAGCCCCUGCACUGCAGAUCGGAUCCUCCACUGCUCCUCAGCAUCCUUUCACCUCCCAUUUACCCAGAGGAGCGGCUGCCGCGGCUGUGAUGUCAAGCUCCAAAGGAACCACGGUGCUGAGACCAGCAGCCGGUCCGAGCUCCGCCACGGGACAGCCUACAGUCCAGCACAUUAUCCAUCAACCAAUUCAGUCUAGGCCUAUAGUCACUACCUCUACGGCAGUACUGCCUACAGUAGUGGCUCCAGUGACUGCCACCAGACCUCAGUCUCCGGUCAUCACCACAGUGGCUGCCCACUCUGGAGAAAUGGUACACGGUCGUUCUGCGGUGACAAUCCACCCACCCCAAGCAACCUUGAGUAUUCAACGCCCUCCACCCUCACGUGACACGCCCACGCGGAUCACCCUGCCCUCCCACCCUGCCAUUGCUGCUCAGAAAGCCCUUCCUCAUUCUGUUGCACAGAAGCCCAUUUUCAGCACUGUGACUCCUGUUGCUGCUGCAACAGUGGCUCCAAUUCAGGCCACCAAUACUGCACCAUCACCCACUACAACAGGCUCCACCCCCCACACUCAAUUAUCAAGUGGCAACAUUGUCACUAUGACGGUGGCCUCCCAUUCCUCUCAUGCCACAGCAGUGACCACAUCCACCAUCCCUGUGGCUAAAGUGGUUCCACAGCCCAACACACACAUAUCACCACGUAUCCAGUCUGAAUACACUGGAGAAAGGGGCAACCUCAUCCCUAUCUCUGGUCAUCGCUCCUCUCCCAACCCCAUCACCAUGGAGAACCGCACUGACAACAGACAAUCUGUUCCAGUCCAGUUUCAAUACUUCCUGCCUACCUACCCAUCAGCACCAUAUCCGCUGACCCACACUUACACCCCCAUCACCAGCUCUGUGUCAUCCAUACGCCCUUAUCCAGUUACUGCUCAGGCACCCAGCGCAGCCAUGCCUGCCCAAGCCAGUGUAGGAGUUGCAUCUGCAGUUCAUCUGAACUCUAUGCAGCUGAUGACGGUGGACCGCAUUACCCAGAUCAACACUCAGAACAUCCAGCCGGCUGCCAUGGCAGCGCAGGGCAUCCAGCCCACACCCAUCCCAGCCCAGGGCCUCCAUACGUCUGCCCAGAUCACCACCACAAGCAUUCAGCCUACACCAGUCAACCAACAACAACCCCCAACAGAGUCUAAAGCUUCAGUUGUACUGGCUGAUGGUUCGACUCUAGUGGCUAACUCUAUUAGCAAUGCGUUCAACAACAGUCAGCCUGCUACCACUGUGGCCCAGACGCACAAUCAGAGUGCCAACGCUGGAACCCCAUCCCUUGUGACGUCCCCUCGACCCAGCAUUCUGCGCAAGAAACCUGCCAAUGAAGGUGCUGCUGUUAGGAAGAACCUGAUCCCAGGUCAGCUCAGUGACUCCACAACCCCCAGAAUUGAUGGACACAUCAGGAGUGCGUCAGGAUCACCUCGUCCUGCAGGAGUGAAACCCAAACCUGACAUCCACAUGAGCCUCGCUCCAUCAGUAGCUGCGGCAAUAGAGGCUAUUCCUAGCCAAGGAAAUGAACAGCAGCCGCAACAUGUGGGACCACCUCCCUCCCAGCUGGCCUCUCAACCUCUCCCCUCCCUAAUGACGUCAGCCACGCCUCCCUCACAACCCUCUCCUGCUCUCUCAGCCAUACCCGCUGCCAUGGCAGUCACCCCGCCAAUCCCCUCCAUGGCUAAUGUAGUGGCCCCGCCUACUCAGCCAGCAGCCAGCACCACUUCAGCAUGUGCCAUCAGCUCCACCCUCCCAGAGAUGAAUAUUAAGCAAGAGGCGGAGCCUAUGGACAGUACAAAACCAGCGGCAUCAGGUCCAAACAGCGGUGCACAGAUGUUGGCGGUCCCUGCUACAGACGUCACCCUGGGAGCCUCACCCAGAAAGAAACCCCGCAAGCAACAGCACAUCAUCUCCACUGAGGAGAGUGAGAUGAUGGAGACCAACAGCACAGAUGAAGAGAAAUUCCCACCCAAACCCCUCAGCCUACGUGCAGAGAAACGCAAAUCCCCUCCUAAAGAAUACAUAGAUGAAGAGGGAGUUCGGCAUGUUCCUACCCGAGUCCGGCCUCCAAUCACUCUGCUGCGGCACUACCGCAACCCCUGGAAGGCCGCGUACCAUCACUUUCAGAGAUACAGUGAUAUCCGUGUCAAGGAGGACAAGAAGGGAACCCUGCAGGAUGUGGCCAAUCAGAAGGGAGUGGUGUGCAGAGCUCAGGGUUGGAAAAUUCACCUCUGUGCAGCUCAGCUCAUGCAGCUGACUAAUCUGGAGCAUGAUGUCUAUAGUCGUCUGACGACUCUCCAGGAAGGCCUCAUCCCGAAGAAGAAGGCCGGAGCCGAUGAUGAUCUUCACCGUAUAAAUGAGCUCAUACAGGGCAACAUGCAGCGCUGCAAGCUGGUGAUGGACCAGAUCACGGAAGCCCGCGAUUCCAUGUUAAAGGUGCUGGAUCACAAGGAGCGUGUCAUGAAGCUGCUCAACAAGAACAGCAGCACCAAGAAGCUAAAUAAGCUGAAGCGUAAGGACAGAGCGUGAGAUACAUGGACUGGGCCACACCUACCUGAUGUGGGACAGGGUUCAGCAUGACCACAGAACCUCCUGCUCCAUGACUUCUAGCAUGCAGGCACACUGCCCUGCCUCACUCUGUCUCUACCAGAAGAGAUUCACUUUGAGUCCUGAUCUGAUGGCAAAAUGUCUUUAUCUGGCAAGCCCUUCCUCUCCCAGCACACAUAGAAGCUCUAGGAAACGACAAUGUUAAAUUAACCACAACAUGCAUCUUUAACUGUAUCUUCACUGAAAUAUGAAUGUCUAAAUGUUUUAUUUUAAACAAGACAACUCGGUCACAAAGAGGUUUUUUGGGGAAGUUAUUGAAUGUUGAAGACUCCAUUUUUAAGUUAUACAUUAGCAGAUAUCAGUAAAAGCAAUGCUGUACGUCUUCAAGUCUAUAGAUUAUAUUCACCACUUUAUCAUUAGGGUGCCUUGAACGAUGAUGGCCUGGUAUUGACAGUUGUCUGUACUGUAUUAAACACCAGAUGGCAGUAUUUCGUAAUGGCCCUUCAUACCAAAAGGUUUCCAUUUUGUAUUGUAGCACUUGAAACAAUAAGAAUUGAGAAGCCAUAACAACACCAUCCUCACUGUCCUAAAGGAACAAAGACUGGAGUAUUUUACCACAUAUGAUUUGUGGGAAACGUUAAAGGUGCUUUGGUGAAAUGGAGUAUUGUGCCUUUCUGUGUGCCUCAUAAAACAUGGUUUUGUUGUGAUGGAAGCAGUUUUUCUGCGAAGGUUAAACAGAGUCUGAAUGUCUGACUCAUAUUGCAUUCUCACGUCAUUGUCUGUCGAUUUGUGAGGAUUGUUUCAUGUAUCAUCAGUCUUGCAAGCGCUGCACCAGCUAUGGCUCUCUGGGUUUGCUCUUUGGUUGGAUGUGAUUUCAUUCAUGCAUUAAGGGUGGUGAGAAUCAUGUUCAGAUAUGAGAUGUCACUCAGAAUUCAGAGAUAUUUGUAUGUAAGUUAAACCUAAGUGUAUAUAUAAAUAUAAAAAAUAAGCCCUCUUCCAUUUUUUUUUUUUUUUUUUUCUUCUUAAUUGAACAAUAUUAUGUUUAUUUUUCCAGUUAAGUUGCUUGAAGCAGUGUCAUUUGUGGCAAAGAUAAAGCGUUGUAUACUGUUUGAUCACUAAGUUUCAUUAUGAAUGGCAUUUCAUGUUGCACUUCACUGCUGAAGUAAAGAUACUUUGUACAUGUA